AUGACUAUUUUCUCUUUUUUGUCUUUCUCUUCAUUCUAUGAAAUGGUUUUAACUUUCCUAAAUCUAUUUCUCCAUCUUUUAGCUCUUAAAAACAGUCUUUGUUUUCUUAUUCUUUCUUUCUUUUCUAUUUUUUCUUUCUUUUCUAUUUUUUCUUUCUUUUCUAUUUUUUCUUUCUUUUUUUUAUUCUUUCCUUGUUUCUUUCUUUUAUUUUUUCUUUUCUUAUUUUUUCUUUCUUUCUUUCUGUAUUCCUUCUUUCUAUUAUUUUUUCUUUUAUUUUUUUCUCAUUUUUUCUUUAUAACUUUAAAUGAUUUUUUUCAGUUACCUAACCUUUUCUUAUUUUUAUAUCAUACAUUAUUUUUACUGUCUUGUAUUUCUUCUUCCCCAUUCUUUUCUGGAUUUUCCUUUUUACUUUCUUUUAUGCUGACCUCAGAAAUCAUUCUUUUUUAUUUUCCUUUCUUACAAAUCCAAAUUUAUAUUUAUUUUAUUCACCUUUUUUUGCCUCAUUGUUUUUCUGUUGAUUUCCCAUUUUUUUCUUUCUUCAAAGUUAUUUUCUUUUCCUUUUACACUUAUUUUUUUCUUUUCAUUAUUUCCUUUUUUCAAUUUGAUUUCUUCAGUUUUUCUUUUUUUUUACAUUAUUUAUUCCUCAUAUCAUUUUUAAUUUUAUUUUCUUCUUUCCAUUCUGAAAAAACUAUUCCUGCAUUAUUCUUUUCUUUCACCUUUCCUCUUUUAUUCAAUUCUUUUAUAUUUUCUCUUUGUCCUUCUGUUCGUCCUAAUUUUUCCCCUCAUAUUUGA